CUCUUCCUUGUCAGGAGGAACGAAAACAUUACUUAUCAAACAAUCAUGCAGAAAUAAACACUCGCGAGUGAGUUGCAGGAAGCAAGGAAGUCACUAAAAGGAGAAAUUGAAAAAGAACAAGAACAACAGGAGAGUGUUCAAAUAAUUUUUUAAAUGUCACAAAAAAUGACUUCAAAAUUGUGGAAUGGAUCAUUAGGCAGGUUAAAACUCCAACGUAAAAGGCAGAGUGUUCAAGUACUCUCUACGUGGUCUUCCUUACACCACCGUUGCCUCUCUGUUUCCACGCCUAGACAGCAGGGCCAUCUUUACAGAUACAGAGACAGUAAAGUGAAGCCUGUUUUCAGCCAUGCAGGAGAGUUUCGGACCACUUCUUAUCGUUUACAAACAAGAAAUGUCACAACAUGGUCCCCACUUGCUUCUGUCUUCAACAGCCAGCCUGUAGAGAAAUUUAGGUUUGACUUUACUAAUCAGGGAUUGUUCUGCAUCCCAGGCCUCACUGAGCCUAAAAGCUUCCACAUACUAUAUGAAGACGCAGAAAACAUCACAGAUGAACUUGUGUCCGAGGCCGCCAGUGACAAGAGAAGCAGAAAAAUGGUGGAGGUCCUGGAUGACAUGUCCGACGUGCUGUGCAGAGUUGCUGAUAUGGCAGAAUUUGUCCGUGUUGCCCAUCCAGACAUGAACUAUUCCACUGCUGCAGAAGAAGCUUGUCUUGGUGUGAAUUAUCUGGUGGAAAAACUGAACACCAACGUCCCCCUGUACAAGGCUCUGAAGAAAGUCCACCUGGAGGGGGACACCAUGCCCACUGAUGACAUAGACAAGAGAGUGAUAGAGCUCUUCUUGGUGGACUUUGAAAAAAGUGGGAUAGAUCUGAAUGACACAACGAGAGAAAAAUUUGUGGAGUUAAACAAGAAGAUCAUUCACUUGAGUAACACUUUCACUCAACGGACAGAAGAGCCAAUUAGGGUUGCCAAAAACCACCUGCCAGAAAACCUGCAAUAUGUAUUUGGUAUUGAUGGAGACAAUGUUGCUGUCACAGGAAUGUUUCCAUACCACCAGUCGGAAAGAGUGCGAGAGGUUGCCUAUCGCCUGUACCUGUAUCGUUUGGAGCACCAGGAGGCGAUAUUGGAGAGGUUGCUGAGCACCAGACACGAGUUGGCUCAGCUGGUCGGCUUCCCCACCUUUGCUCAUCGCUCCUUGCAAGAUGCAAUUAUGGACAAACCAGAAGCUGUCAUGGGUUUUUUGGAGAGUUUAGCCAAAGCCUUGCAGCCUCGAGUAAAAGAAGAAUUAAACAUCAUCAAAGAAAUGAAAAAUCUUGAUAGUGCAGCUACUAAUAAGGAGGUCAUGCCGUGGGACCUUGCUUACUAUAUGUCCCAGGCUGUGGCAGAACAGAGUGACGGCUAUAACGAGAUAGAGGCCGCCUCCAACCUGUCCCUGGGUGCCUGUAUGGACGGCCUGGACCAGUUGUUUAGUAAAUUAUACGAUAUCAACUUGUGUCAUGUGGAACCUAUAGAGGCUGCCUCCUACCUGUCCCUGGGUGCCUGUAUGGACGGCCUGGACCAGUUGUUUAGUAAAUUAUACGAUAUCAACUUGUGUCAUGUGGAACCUGCCCGAGGGGAACUUUGGGCUAGUGAUGUACAUAAACUGGCAGUAACACAUAAAACAGAGGGAGUUCUGGGUUAUAUAUACUGUGACUUCUUUUUGAGAUAUAGGAAAAACAACCAGCCGUGUCAUUUCACAAUCCAGGGAGGACGACAGCUACCAGAUGGUGAAUAUCAGCUGCCCAAGGUAGCCCUGUACAUGAACCUGGUCCCCCCAGGAAGCACUGUGCCCUGUUUACUGACACACUCACAGCUGGAGAACCUGUGGCACGAGAUGGGGCACGCUAUGCACUCCAUGUUAGGCAGGACAAGGUACCAGCACGUGACAGGUACGAGGUGCAGCACAGACUUUGCUGAGGUCCCUUCAAUCUUGAUGGAGUAUUUUGCACUUGAUCCAAGGGUGAUUUCCAGUUUUGCCCGCCAUUACAAGACAGGAGAGGAAAUGCCAAGUCAGAUGGUGCAGGGCAUACACAAUUCAAAGAAAACUUUUCCUGCUUUGACCCUCCAGCAGUCAGUAUUCCACAGUAUGUUGGACCAAGUCUACCAUGGAAAACAUCCUCUGGGUAAAAGUACGACAGACAUUUUAGCUGAAGUACAGAAUGAGUAUCUGGGGUUGCCCUAUGUGCCAGGCACUGCAUGGCAGCUGAGGUUUUCCCAUAUUGCUGGUUAUGGUGCUCGCUAUUACUCCUAUCUCCUCUCCAAGGCUCUGGCUGCCAAGAUCUGGCAGAGGUGCUUCAGGGAUGACCCCUUUAACAGAACAAUGGGCGAACAAUAUCGCCAGAAAGUGCUGGCUCACGGAGGACAGAAACCGCCAUUAGAGCUUUUACAAGAUCUCCUGGGUGAAGAGUUGACACCGCAGACAUUUGUUGACACACUAAUCGAGGAUCUUGACAGUUAGCACAGCACCCCAAAAUGAUUUAUAUUCAAAAUACUGGCACUUUUAAUGCCAGGUUUUGCCCCCUUAUUGCCUGGUUAAUAAAAUAAACUGUUUCUUCAAAUUCAUUGGUUUUCCCUCAUUCCCUCAUGUUUUUUUUAAAUUCUGGUGUCAUUUUAACUGAAAAGUAAAUAUAUUUGUAACAUAUCCUAAGUUUAAAAGUUUCACAGAAAAGUUAUGUGUAUAUAUUGACAUGAUUGAUAGAGAACAGACAAUAAUUCUCAGUUUUCCAUGUAUUAUUAUGAAAAGAAUAGCAGUAGAAGAACACUAUGUUGAACCAAGAUACCUUAAUUUUAUACAUAAUAUCUUGUAUAGAUAAAGCCAUCACCUAGGUUAUUCACCAGUGACAAGAACUUAGAUUUCUGUUUAAUUUACGUAGUCCAUGCAGAUUAUAACAUUUGAGUGUCAAAUUUUAUCUUCAUCUGCAUCAACAUGUUUUUUUGAAAUAAA